AUGCUCAGACGGCAGCCCUGGACGCAAAGCCGUCGUCUGGCGGGUCAGCAUCAACAUGGCCUCCUGACCAAUGCGAGCUGCUCACGGCAUUGCCCCGUUGUACACCGGCCCUUCUCAUCGUCAUCUAGCAUCUUCAGUCCAUCGUCAUCGCGUCCGUCCGGAUCAGCUUCUUCCUCCUCGCCUCCAGCAUCAGCUCCCAAUGUCCACCGUAGACAUCCGCCUAAACAUAGAUAUCCCCCGCCUUCGCAGCAACCGGAGCCCAUCAUGUACGAUCAACCGGCAAUCGCUAACCCCAUUGAGACGCAAAAGGCGCGCGACAACUUUAGAAAGCAAUCGAGGAGGGUUGCUGCUGGCGUAGCUGUCGCACUUGCCAUCGCCAGCGCGUACUGGUAUACCGCAGACAGCCUCAAGGCUGAGGGGCCGGAGCACCCUCAGCUCAAGGGAUUGCAUGAGACGCCAGAGGAGAUGGAGAGAAAGGUGCAAAAGGCGCAGAAGGAACUGAACAACAGCGGAGGUUUCGCCAUCAUCGCCAUCAAGCGCUCGACGGUCAUCGCCAAGGCAGUCGCCCUCUGCGUCUGGGACUACCGCAAGACACUCAACGCGUCGUACCCAUCCUCGAGCGAAAGCAACGAAGCUCUGCGCCAAUGUCAUUUGCGCAGCGCUCAGCGCAUUCUCAAGGCGCUGCAGACGAAUGGCGGACUGUACAUCAAGCUUGGCCAGCACAUAUCAUCCGUUAUCCUUCUGCCGCCCGAAUGGACAAACACGAUGAAGCCGCUGCAAGACCAAAACGAUCCCACACCUCUCUACGAGCUCGAAGCCAUGUUCCGCUCAGAAACAGGCUCUUCCUUCUCAGAAGCUUUCUCAGAGAUCGAUGAGAAGCCUCUGGGCGUAGCUUCUCUCGCUCAAGUCCACAAAGCCAAGGAUCGCAAGACCGGGCAAUGGCUCGCCAUCAAACUGAUGCAUCCCCAGGUGGAACGCUUCUCUGACGUCGACAUGAAGACGGUCAACUAUCUGGUCGGGUGGGUCAAGAAGGUCUUCCCGCAAUUCGAGUUCACUUGGCUCGCAGAGGAGAUGAACGCCAAUAUGCCGCUGGAGAUGGACUUCAGGCACGAGGCGGAGAAUGCGAGGAGGGCAGAGAAAGAUUUUGCAGACUAUCGCAAAACGAGUGUCUACAUUCCCAAGGUGCCGUGGGCAUACAAGAGAGCAAUGGCUCUGGAAUACAUUGAUGGCAGGCGCCCAGACGACCUUGCCUACCUCGCCGAACACAGCAUCGACCGCAACAAAGUCUCUCAGGAGCUCAGUCGAGUCUUCGCCCAGAUGCUCUACCUGCACGGCUUCUUCCACGCCGACCCGCACGGCGGUAAUGUUCUCAUCCGCCCUGCGCCUCGUAGCAGCAGGUCACCUCACAACUUCGAGGUGGUUCUCCUCGACCACGGUCUCUACUUUGACAUCGACAAGGGUUUGCGCACCGACUACGCCCGCUUCUGGCUGUCAUUACUCAGCCGCUCGACGCCUGAUGUAAUGGCACAGCGACGCAGACUGGCCAAACGCAUCGCCAACAUCGACGACGACCUCUACCCGAUCCUCGAGUCAGCCAUCACUGGUCGUUCAGGACUCGAGGGGUCAGAUCCAGACAACCCCAACGGUGUCAAGGGUAAGAAGCGCGCCUCCUCCAUCUUGGACAUGGAGACUGGCUCGUCAAUGAGCGACGAUGAGACGGACCACAUCCGAAAGACGGUGAUGGAGAAGGAGGGUCUCUUCCUCAACAUCCUCGAAGUCUUGCGAAGGGUACCGCGCCGCAUGCUCAUGGUGCUUAAGCUCAAUGACCUCACGCGCUCCCUCGACGCUAGCUUGCAUACGACGCACGGGCCUACUCGUCCGUUCAUUAUCGCCGCACGCUACUGCGCCCUUGCCGUGUGGGACGACGAUCAGCACCAGAUCAAGGAGCGUCGCAAGCGCGAUGGACUGAGCUUCGGCCUGCUACGCGACUGGUUCAGCUGUUGGACCAACUAUCUCUGGUUCUACCGUGGUCUGGCCUUCCUCGAGUCCCUCUCCAACAUUCGAGCUAGGACGUCCAAGAUUCUGGUCUACACUGGUGCCAUUGCGAGUGGGAAAGGGGUGAGCUCAGCGUCGAAGAAGGCGUCUGGAUUGGAGGACCAGAGCAAGAGGAGACAGAAGGAGGAGGAAGAUAGGAAGAGAGCGGAGGCGGCGGUGCAGAAGGAGGAGGAUGUAGAGGGUGGAACAGGCCUGACGAAGAAGAGCUCCUAG